AUGUUAAAAAAGUCUAAGAAGAGUUGUAUUCUUAACCCAUCUGCAUCUUCGAGUUCAUUCCUCCUGGCCGUCAUUUUGUUUCUCGUCUGCCAAACCGCAACAGCUGAAGAAUCAUUCUGCCCGCGAAACUUUAUCUUCACCGAUAACACGACCAACUCGACAUUUCCAUGCGCUGUUGGAAACAACAUCUCUUUCAACGCAACCAGCAAAACUGAUUGUUGUCUUGUUUGUUUGACCUACGGACUGGUGAACUGCUUGGCGGGGAAUUAUUAUCCGGCAGACGGCAGGUGUGAAAUUUUUGAAGUCUGGUCGGAUGCAUCUGUUGCAAAUCCUAAUUGUACAAGCUUCAGGAAAACAGGAUUAUGUCGGCCAGGAUUCACGUACAUACCAGCUUUCAAAACUUGUUUGAUGCUCCUGAAACCAUCAUACACCUGGGAAGGCGGGCUGGCCGCGUGUUCGAACCUGGGACCCACCACUUACAUGGUCAGUGUGGAGACUACAAACAAGGCAGCUAAUAUCAGCAAGCGGAUCAACCAACAGGUCAUCACCAACCAGUUGGACCUUCUAUUGGUUCGGUCCUUUCAGUACGACGACAGUGAUGUUAAACAAUGUGCCCUGGUCAUUAGGUGA